UGUCCAGCCAAAUUUCAUAUAGCUAUAGUAUAGAUCUAGAUAGGUACAACAGGUGGAUUAAAGAAGGUGGUGGAAGUAUAAAUUAUGAAUAUGAGUUUAAAUCACGUGAGGAUUAGGCAAGCAAAAGACUAAUAGUAACUUUUGAAAUGCCCAAUAUUAGGAUUGUCGUUGUCAUCGAAAAAAAACAAGUAUGACCGACCUAUCUUGAAAUCGAUUGGAUGCGCGCGCCGAUGUUAUUUUCGUCCCAUAAAAGAAGUUAGUAGACAGAAAACGUAGGUAAUAUCAAGCGGACCUAAUAUAAAAGGCAGCAGUAAUCAUGCCGGGCGCAAGGCACAAGAUCCUUGGCCAUGUGCUAUCCGGCUUCUGUCAUAAAAUGAAUCGAUGCAAGCCACUACACGGGGAUUCCAUGGAUACUCCCCUAAAUAGAUGUCUAACCACUUUUGAUAUAACAUUACUCGGCGUGGGUCACAUGGUGGGUGCAGGGAUAUAUGUACUUACCGGAACUGUUGCAAAAUCAAUGGCUGGUCCUUCGACUGCACUAAGUUUCCUUCUGGCGGGGAUAACUUCGACUCUCGCUGCCCUUUGUUAUGCUGAAUUCGGGACUCGAAUACCACGAGCGGGUAGCGCGUACGCUUAUACCUAUGUCAGUAUUGGUGAAUUUUGGGCCUUUAUUAUCGGAUGGAAUAUUGUUUUGGAAUAUAUGAUUGGUGCUGCUUCAGUGGCGAGAGCUUGGUCAGGAUAUUUGGAUUCUAUAUUACAUGGGGCUAUCAGUAAUGCCACAGUAGCGUUAACUGGUGAACUUCAUGAAACACUUUUAAGCAGAUAUCCUGAUAUUCUAGCGUUUCUCAUAUGUCUAGCAGCGUCCUUGAUACUCGCUGCGGGUGUUAAAACAUCAGCCUAUAUCAAUAACGGCCUGACUAUUUUAAAUCUUUUGGUCAUCUCUUUAGUAAUCUUUUUGGGUUUUUAUUAUGCUGAUAUCAGCAACUGGUCAGAGAAAAAUGGUGGUUUUAUGCCGUUUGGUUUUAGUGGUGUGUUAGCAGGAGCUGCUACUUGUUUUUACGCUUUUGUAGGGUUUGAUAGUAUAUCUGCUUCCAGUGAAGAAGCCAAAGAUCCUUCUCGCUCUAUUCCUGUUGCAACAGUAUUAUCAAUGGCUGUAGUGGCUUUUGGUUAUAUUUUGGUCGCGAUGGCAUUAACUUUAAUGGUUCCAUAUAAUACAAUUAAUCCAGAUGCUGCGCUUCCAGCUGCUCUUGGUGCAGUCCACGCAGACUGGGCAAAAUAUGCAGUUGCUGUGGGUGCAGUAUGUGGAAUGACAACAACUUUACUUGGAUCCAUGUUUUCACUACCACGAUGUCUAUAUGCUAUGUCUGCCGACGGUUUGCUUUUUGGGUUCUUCAGCGACAUUAGUAACAAGGCCCAAAUUCCUGUUGCUAAUUUAGCUAUUUCUGGUUUAUCGUCUGCUUUCAUAGCUCUUCUUUUUGAUUUGGAAAAACUUGUAGAAUUUAUGUCUAUAGGCACAUUGUUAGCCUACACGAUUGUUAGUGCCGCCGUAAUAAUAUUGAGAUAUCGUCCAACUCCAACAACAGAAGAUAAAGGUUUUGUUGUCCCACAGUUAGAUUCACCUUGUGAUCGAGAGGAUAGUUCAGCAACUGGAACGCCGGCAACGGAUGGCGGAUCUUCUUCUUCUGAGAUGUUUGAAACAUUAACGGUCGGUCGUCUACGGCCUCAAUUCGCAUGGCUAGAACCUCUUGUUGGUGGUAGAGCCCCUGGUGCUGCUGUGACAUGUUCUGUGUAUACAUUUACGAUUGCUACUGCGGCUCUGUGUGCUCACAACCAUUUUCUCGUCGAACCUGCUGGAUUAUGGGUGUUAUUGCCGGACUUCGUUCUUAUUUUCAUCAUCAUCUCGUGUUUGGUGAUAAUCUGGGCUCACCAACAAAGUCCGACUCGUUUACCGUUCCGUGUACCUUGGGUACCACUGUUACCUGCUGCAAGUGUGAUGCUCAACGUAGAACUUAUGAUUAAUCUGAAUGCUCUAACUUGGGCACGCUUUGCUAUGUGGAUGACUUUCGGUCUUCUUGUAUAUUUCCUAUACGGUAUCCAUCACAGCAAGCUGGGAGAGGGUGUCGCCGGUUUGCUAUCCAGCGGUGGAAAUAACAGCGAUUGGGGUGCAGUAGAAAAGACGAGUUCACGACGUAUUGGCCGCUUUGGUCGGAGCAGUAAAGGAGAUGACCGCAAACCCAUCAUUUGUGAAGACGAACUCUCUAGAAGAGAACCUUGAUUCCGAUCGUGAUAUCUGUUUAAAGACCCAAAAUAUUUAGGAUUUUUUUUUAAAUUUACGCGAUCUUUGACCAUUGAAUAUAUCUGUAUUCUGAGCGGAUUAUAUUUAACGCGCAGGUAACAAUUAUUUCUCUUACUUGAAAUUUUUUUUGAAAUUUUCAGCCUAGAGUAUAUUUAAUUGUAGGGGUGUUUAUUGUACACACAAAAAAGUAACGAAAAAUCAAUUUAAAUUAACUCGAUAAUGUUAUUUAAAAAGAAAUUAUCGCCAUAAAAAAGUUUAUGUUAUAUCAUGCUACACAAUUCUUGUGUAUAAUUAUGUACGAAUAUUACUUUGAAAAUAUAUUUCCAUAUUUUUUUUUGACAAUCUAGUUAUAGGAUAAUACUGUUUAAUGGAUUACAGAUGAAUUACAGCGUUUAAUGCUGCAAUCACAUAUAAACGUGACCCUUAAAUUAAAAAUAAGUUUAUUUGAAAAGGCAAACUAUUUGAUUAACCAGGAAGUAGUACCUAACUAUAUUAAGUUCUAUAUGACUACAGUUCAACAACCAAGGUGCUUAGUCUUUAUUAGUUCUUCUCGUUUAGUCUCAGGUGUUAGACUAAUAAAUAAUUAUGUUUAAUAUGUACAAUUAAAUUCAUUCGUUAGAGUUUUUAGAACAAUUCAAUGUUAAGCAUAAAUGCUUUAUGUGUUAUAUUGAAACAUGUUUCCUUGUUUUGAUAAGCUUAUAGUAAAGGUGUUAAGUCUUAAAUCUGUACUUUGCCGGACUGGUGCUGGAGAGUCAAACAAAAAAAAAAUGUCCAAUUUUUUUUCUUGCGGCUCCACGCGCUUAUUUCUGUCUAGUAUUUUGCGAGAGAAAAGGAGGGUAGUGGGUGAAAAAAGCAUGCAAAUAUUUUGAAUAGGGAUGCCAGAGAUGUAGAUAAAAUGCACAGGGGGAUACUCAUGCUGAUAUUGGCCACGAGGAAUAUCUUAUCGCCACUGUGAAGAUGAGUGUUGACAAUAUAUCUUAAAAGAUUAACUUUUUUAACUGUGUUUUGGAGAAAAUCAGAUUAAAAAAUAGUAUGUCUAAUUAAUUCAGUUAUUAUGAAGCUUUACAUUCACAAACUUGUUAAAUACUGAAAAAAUACACAAAAAUAUCAAACGUAGUUUUCAUUUUAUUUUUAUAUUGAGUUCCUAUACUAGUGGUUAAUUAACAACAGAGGGCUUCGAUUUGAAAACUACGUUAAAACUUUUUCAACGUGUCUAAUUUAUUUAGGUGCGCUUUGUUCAGUGUCAAAUGUCUAGCUGUAACUAAUUGAGAACAUCAUUGAAUGUUGUUCACCAUCACAUAACUCCGUUUAUUUAUCAGUCUCGGUCAUCACUAUUUAGAUGCUGCCAAAACAGUAUCCAUUAAACUAUUUUAAACGUUAUUAACGUACAGUGUUAGGACGGCGGAAAACAACUAUGUAUUGUGCUUGCAACUAAACAACAACUUGUGUUAAUAAAACCAACUGCUGAUGCGUAAUUAUUGUUAAUAAUCUGGUGUUGUAUGACCUGACACCAUGUGAGUUUCCAAUACCAUGUGAGUUUCGUGCUAAUUGUUCAAUGUUUAAUUUUUAUUGACGCAACUGGUGAUCGGACUCUCUCGGGCUGGGUUUCUGUGUGCUUAGUGCGAGUCAUUUCGAUAAAGCGGCACGACACGAGAACCCUCUCAUCGUGGCCGCCGGUAACUACAUUCCCGAUCCUGCGGACAGAAUGGAAAGCAGUCGACGUCGCCCAAAACACGUCAUCUCGGAUCCUCCCGAUCCACUAACGGUGCUUUUAGGUACUUCAAGCACCGGUCACCGUUCUCGUCGAACCCGUCGCUUGCGACGAAGGGCUCGACGAGUAAAUUAACUCUCAGAUACAGCCCACUGAGUUUCUCGCCGGAUCUUCUCAGUGGGUCGCGUUUCCGAUCCGGUGGUAGAUUCUGCGAAGCACGGCUCUUGCUAGGGUUCGUGUUAGCAACGUCAUCAGGUUUGAGCCCCGUGAGCUCACCUACAAACGUUAGGGUUACGCUGAAAUAGCCUCUCAAGGCUCACAGCUAAGGUAGGAAAAAGAAAAAGUGCGAGUUUUUUAACGUUCUCGAUAACGUAAAAGUUAGCCCAAUUUUGUAUGCAGUUGGAACAGCGCCCCUAGCGGCAAACGUAAUGAAACGAUUCCAUUCCAUACAAAUAUGAGCUACCUUUUACGCUAUCGAGAACGUUAAAAAACUCGCACUAAGCACACUGAGCCCGCACGGACAGGUACCAUCACCUUGCCUAUUUCUGCUUUGAAACGGUAAUGCGUUUCGGUUUGAAGGGUGGGGGAGCCGUCGUACAUACUGUAAAACUAAGACUUGGAACUCAUGUCUUAAGGUGGGCGACGGCAUUUAAGUAGUCGGUAAGCUCAUCCGCCCAGUUUGGUUUAGAAUCGGGUACGUAAUAAAGUUUAAAUUGGUUUUCUGGCUUUAUUUAGAAUAAAAAAAAUCUGCAAUUAUAAAACUGACAACCGAAAAUCGUGAAGUAAAAACCGAACAUAUUAUAAAAACAAUGGAUGGAAUACAAGCGUGCCCUAAAAAAAAUAUGUUCUAAGCAAAACAAGGAUCUGUCUAUCAAUCAAUUUGGUUGUUAAAUACAAAGCGCAUUGAUUGAUCCGGUUGUUAAAUACAAACCUAGGUACGCGAUUGAAGAAUGUUUUAUAAACUGAACCCAAGUCUGAAAACAGUGUAAAAAUAUAGGACUAGUUUAUACUAUAAAAUAAUUCACGCAGCUUUAGUGUACAAAUGGACAGUACUUUGGUAGCAUUGCAAAUUCCACUAAACCCUACUCGUUUUAUAGCACAAUGUCGCAUACUAAAAACGAAAAAAAAACGGAAAUACCUACUCUUGCUCGCUUGUAAAUUAAGUUAACUACAUACUGCAUUUUGUAUUCAUCUCUAGGCUUCAGGCUAUCAUUGUGCCAAGUUUUCAGAAAUUUAAAAAUUCCUAUUAAAAUCUUAGCUAGUAUUUUCUUCGGUAUUUAAGAGUCAUUCACAUAUUACUACGUUUAUUAGCGUCAAUCGUUUUUUAAACAUUUAACAAAAUCGAAAUAUAAGCAAAAAGAAAUCAAAUUAAUUCUGUGUGAAUUCUUUCUGUGUGAAAAGAAACAUAAAUGACAUUUUUUUUUUUAUUUUGGAUAAUAAUGCGUCUUAAGAAGAGGUCUUCGGUGAUGAAUGUUAAGCUGCAGUAGUGUAGUAAUUGUGUAAUAUUGUAUUCAGAAUACAAAAAAAAAACAUUUUGUUCUAUAAGAUCCAUUUAAAUGUUUUCCACAAAAUAUAUUUUAAAUAAGUUUCUCGAUACUGUCUCUAAAUUAAUAAUUUAUAUUAAGAUUUUUAUGAAAAAAUAAAUACCGAGCUUUUUUCUUAAAUAUGGACUUAUAAUAGUGCUAACAACUUUUACUUUCGCAAAUUAUAUAUAAUUAUGUUAAGUCAUAAAAUAUGGCCCAAUAAUCCUUUAAUGCCAGAUCUACGUUAGUGUUAUGGCUGUUUUUUUUCAACCAAUUGUUUAAUGGUAGAAUGUAAUAAAUAAACUAGGUGCAUAUGUGAGGUAUAAUCUUAUUAUCUCUUUCGCACAUACAUAAUAUGAUUUUGGUAGUGUUCCGAUUUACCUACACUGCGAUCACUGACACGAUAAAUACAUAUUGGACAGGCCUUUUCAGUGCAUUGUUUACUAUUUGAACUUUCUUAUAAGUUUAGUCUAUAGAAAAUUAUAGAUACCGAUAUUAAUGAAAAAUUUAUAAUAAUUUUCGAGAUUUGUUUAACAGUUAGAAAUUAACGACAAUCUCAUAGAUUGUAGUUUACCAUAAUUAUUUGUUGAAAUGUAAAGGAAGGAACGAUUGAACAAGCUUUUAUAAUACAAUAAUUUAUAUCUUUGGCCUAAUAUCCUGACCAUGAUCAAGCGGAUAAAAAAAAAUUUAAUUUUUAGUCCAGCUUGCUUAUAGCGUGUUCUUUUUUAUUUUACAUUAUUAACUUUUUUUACUAUAUUUAUUUCCUAGCAGAAUCGUAAGCAACACGUGUGUCCUAAGUAGAUAUUAAUAAUGGUGUUAGUGCAGGUUUGACGUUCACUUGCUGUUGUAUUACUAUAAUCAAAACGCCUAUAGUCAUAAAUUGAAUUGCUAUUUUAAAAUUAAUAUAUGAUUGUGUAUAGUUGUUAUAGUUGUACCUGUAUUAUUAUUAAGUGUUGAUGUGUAAAUAAUGAAACUACGAGUACGUAAA